UGAAACAUAGGAAGAAAACAGUGCACACAGCCACGCCGCCCACUAAACAAGGCAAAGACAACAAUUUCGCAAUCGCCGCUGCUUCCCAGUUGAAUUGUACAGAGGAGCUCAGGCGCUCAGACACCCGCAGACAGACGGAGGACUGCCGCUGUUACCCCACAGAGGAGCCAACAAAAGAUGGACCAUGUUGACAUGCUGGCUGUGACGUCGCUGUGAAGUUUUGGAGCUAGCUGUGCUUUCCUUAUGUCACUUGGAGUUGGUCAACCUUUCUACUAGAUCUAUUUGUUUUUUUUUUACUUUAAACAUUUCUGUUGUGAGCCAGUAUAUAUAAAAAGGACCCACCUUUAAAACAUGGAGACUCUUUCCCAAGAUUCCUUACUGGAGUGCCAGAUCUGCUUUAACUACUACAGCCCCCGCCGGCGGCCUAAACUCCUGGAUUGCCGUCACACAUGCUGCUCAGUAUGUUUGACCCAGAUGCGGAGCAGCCAGAAGGAGAUUCGCUGUCCCUGGUGCCGUGGCGUCACCAAGCUCCCGCCGGGCCUGUCCGUCUCCCAGCUCCCAGACGACCCAGACAUCAUCACUGUCAUCGCCAUCCCUCAUGCCUCUGAGCACACGCCCGUCUUCAUCCGCCUCCCCAGUAACGGCUGCUACAUGCUGCCCCUUCCCAUCGCCAAGGAGCGGGCGCUUGGCCUGCCCGGGGAGCUGGGAUGUCGCUUCCUGCCUGGUAGCCAGCAGAAGGGCGUGACUGUGGUGACCAUGCCUGAGCAACAGCCUUUGGGCCUGGCUAUGGGGCUGGAGGGGGUAGGGGUGGGGCUGGAUGGAGGAGAGGGCGAGAGGAGAGUUACUGGGCCGGUGGGAGGUGGAGGGAAAGGCUCUACGUGGUCCGGCGUAUGCACGGUGAUCCUGGUGGCGUGCGUGCUGCUGUUCCUCUUGGGCAUCGUGCUGCACAACAUGUCUUGCAUCUCCAAACGCUUCACUGUCAUCUCCUGCGGUUGAGGGCGGGGGGGAGGCUGCUCAGACUGCUGCGGACCCCUCCUGGAUUCCCCCACUAGCCCUGUCUCUCCUCGGGAUGGGACUCUGCUGAGGAGAGGGGGACUAAACUCACAUCAUGGGCAUCCAAGGAAACUACAGAGCAAUGUAGAGAGACACAGAUGAAGAAGGCAUGAAGGAGAUCCACAAAUAGUCUGCCAUCUUCUUUUUUGUUUUUUCGUUUGUUUGGGGAGACUUAAAUUAAAACGGAAAUACACACAUGAACUUUUCCCUUUCCUCUGGUCCAACAACACUUCGCUGGCCUUGAAACUCUCACCUAUCUCCAGUCCUUUUCAGUCCUCCAUUUCCUCUGAAAGAACACAUUGGGAAUUACGCCAGAUUUAUUUUUGGCCAGCUGAUUUGUUUUUGGCUUGUGGCCAAUCUGUCGCUCACUCUCACAGUCAUUGGAUCGGGUGUUUAGUCUGGUUAGUAGACGUAUACUGGUUAUUAUUGUGUUGUUUAGCUGAGUGUAGGUUCCAAGUGCAGAGUCUCCAGCUGGUGCCGCAGUACAGAGAGUCCGAACUUUGGCUGCUCUCCGUUCUCUGAUGCUGCAGGAAUUAACUGUGCAGGAUCCACGUCUGGCCCCAAAUUAAUCAUGCGGGAACUCCAAACAUCAACACAGCUUUCAUUUUCUUUGCUUUUUUGUCACACAACCUGUUCCUGUUCUGGACAAACUGUUGCUAUGAUGGUUCCAUAUUGUUAGUACAGAGGCUGUUGUCAAAAAAAUACAAAACAUGGAUUGUAUUUUUGAUUCAUGCCAGCAUAUUACAGACCUAGACUAAAAACAUAGUUAGUACUGAGUUGUUUUCUCAAGGCUUUAAAUGUUUUGAAUUAGUGCUUGAAUUGAUGAUUACUCAAUAAAUCAAUUAGUUGGUCAAUAACAAUUUUGAUAGCUGAUAAAUCCUUUAAAGUAAUUUAU